UCAAUCUUCAAAACCCCAAAUUCGAAAAAUUACAAAAUCCCGCCUUUCGCCUUCUUCUAAAAACCCUAACUCCGGUACACCGACGCUCUAUCGCCGCCGACCGGAAACCAUACUACAGAUCUAGGUUUUUCAUUGUGAAAUCGACCUCAUAGGCUAAGGAAAUGGAACCUUAUGUGACCAGAAGAGAUGGUGUGGUUGCUAGAGAAACAGUUAAUGAAAUGAAUCAUACAGAAGAAGAUCAUGGAGGUGGUGAUUAUGAUUAUGAGUUGGAUCAGCUCUUCCUUGUACAUUCUGAUAUUACAUCUGUUCUCCAUCAGGUACUUGAGAUUGAUGAGCUUGUUGUGCAAACCAUGAAGCGUAAGACCGUGAGCAAACAAGGGACGAGAGAAGUUGAAUCCUUUAGAUCUGUCUUGUCUGAUAUGCUGUCCACACUUAAGCCCUGGUUUCCUAGAUUGCAAGAAGUGAUAUCUGAUUCUCAAUUACUUCAAAAGGAUCAGGAAGUAGAGCUUUUAAUGAGCAGUGGUAGUGUGCGAUCAAGCAAAGACGAAGAUCUGUUUGAUGUUGAGAGUCCUGAGCCUACUCAAUUUGAGCCUUUAGUCUCUCCUUCUCCCCUCGUGCAUUGGCGUGGGGAUCAGAACCCUGAAAAGGGUAGACAACUCUUUCUUUUGACACCACUACCGUUAGGAAAAUCUGAAUUCCUUAAGCAUCAGAAUGCGUCAAAGCUGACGGCUAAAAGGAUUUUCCCAACUGCUGCUGUAAAUCAAUCGCUUCAAGCUUCGAAAGAAACAACUGAUGAUGCUUUAGGAGGUGAGUUGAUGAAAAAUGCAGGACUUGGUAACUCUUCACCAGUACUCAGGAGAAAAAUUCAGUCCGAGCUUCUAAUGACUCCUUGUUUGAAGAUGUCGCCUCCCAAAACUUGUACACUGUUCAAACCGGUACCUGAAUCGUUUCAACCAGAAAAGCAAGGGGCUUGUAAGUCCACCUGCUCUGCACUGGGAGCUAGCACUUUUAAUGGUUCACAAAGCUCUGGAUCCUCUGGUAUUGAUAAAGCAGACGAUCUCUGUUCUAAGUAUCCAGAGCUUUUGGGAAUACAACAUGCUCCAAUAACAAGAAAAACAGAUCUUGAAUCCUCGCCAGUUUGGUGGUUUUCUCCUCCUAAAACAUGUGUUUUUGUGAAGCCUGUGAAUGAGAAGAAACCAAUUGAUGAAACUGGUAUAUCCGGAAUGGUAUCCUCAGUUGAUUUUCAAAACAUCAAUCCAGAAGCAAAACACACUACGGAGGGAAGCAUGUCAAUGGUAGUUGAGAGUACUCCAGUGUUUAAAGAACCAGAGAGCGUAAUGACGAAAAACAGAACAAGAGCUGGUGAAAGUACUCUGAAGAAAGAGUUAUGGACAAGAUUUGAAGAAGCCUCAAUUCAAGAUAGUCAUUUCAGCUCGAUGACAACAACAGUGAGAGGGAAUAAGAAGAAAGGGUUCAUGGAAAUGUUAGAGGAAGUGAGUGGUAAUGACGAAACUGAGGACUUAAACUUAUGAUGAAAGCACUCAACUAAGUAUAUGGUGUAUAACUUCUUUGUUUGUAAUUUUACCAAUUGUACUGUUCAAUCUAUCUUACACCACAUCGUGUUAACA